ACAGUGAUGGACCAGAGGAAGUGGGGUUGUAAUGGGAGUGAGAUGGGUCUGAAAAUGGUCGGAAUCAAGAAAAUUUAAUAUCGUUUACUUACAUUUCAGAACUUCGGAGGAAAGGAGAAUGAUUUCAUCUCUGUGGGGAGAGAUCGAACCCACUGCAAGCUCUUCCAGCUCCGACAAAGAUGAGCCUGCCUGCUCAGCAACAGAGGACCAGAAUGGGACUCUGGAAACUCCCAGUGCAGACACAGCUGGACAGAGCAGGGAAAUUGAAAAUGAGAUUCCUUCUGUCCAGGAUGAAGGCUCCAGCGAGCUGUCGGCUAUGUUGUGGGCAGUGGCCGAGAGUGAAGCUCCAGUGAAAAGCCAGCAGCUGGGGGAGCCAGACCUGACCAUGGCCCAGAGGAGACAGGUUCUGCUGGAGCAGUAUCGGGCCAAGCCUCUCGUCUUUCUGGAACGGUACCGGGCUUACCUGCAGCCUGAGCACCUAGGCCCCUUCGCUCACCUGACCACCGACUGUCGUGCCCAGCACUACUGCAAGGAGGUGCGGAACCGGGCCUCCAGCCAGGCCAACAGAACCAGGGUCCGAAACCACCGAUUCGCUGCCCUCAGGGCCCUCCAGCAAGAGGGACAGUAUUUCAGCGAGGAGCAGAUGCGGGCCCGGGACCCCCUGCUGUACGAGCAGUACAUCGGGCAGUACCUGAGCGACGAGGAGCUGUGCCAGCGCGUCGCAGCCGGGCAGGAGCAGGGGGCACACACCCUGGCAGAGCUGCUGCUGCACUCCUACCAGGAGGGCCUGAUCCAGGACCGGCUGCAGGAGCAGCAGGACAGAGAGGAGGGCGCCACGGAGGAGGUGGAGGAAGAGGAAGACCACGUCUCUGGGGAGCAGCAGUGGGAGCCCACGCCAGAGGAGAAAGCCCUGCUGAGGGAGGAGUUCAUCAGUCGAAUGCACCAGAGAUUCCUGGAUGGCAAAGAUCAGGACUUUAACUACAGUGAGGUGGAUGAGAACCCAGACUAUGACAAUCUGGAUAUUGUGAGUCGCGAUGAAGAGGAGCGAUACUUUGAUGAAGACGAUCCAGAAGAGGAGGAUGACAUGGAGAUGGAGUAGCAUUUUACCACAAUGCAACCUGAGAACAUAUGUUUUAAAGUGAAAGAGACCAUCUGGCAUAUAUCAAUUGUUUUCUUUUUAGUUGCUCAUUGAUAGAGGGAUCACGUGCACAGAUCUAGAAAGAGCAUUUCAUUUGUUAUAUACAUUUUUCUCUUUGAGAUUUCCUGGUACAACUUAAACUCUCUCUUCCUGCAUUGAAAAGAAGUUGUGUACCAGUUCAAAUAAAGUCAGACUCACGUCUUUUCAGCAUAACAAGACAGAUUGAUCCAAAUACAUUUUCCAGCCAUAGGACUUCCUUAUCUUUAACUCUUGAUUUCCUCUAUUUUGUUUUUGUAUUGUAUUGAGGUGUUUCAGUCAGUAAUAAAAAGGAAAAUAUUGAAGUGUUUGUGUUGUGCAAAAUACUUUAUUUUACAUUUUGUACCAUGAGAUCCUAUCUAUGUAAGGUUGCGUCAUGUCCAAAACAAAUAUAUAUCAUAUAUAUAUAUAGUGGUUUACAUUCUUCUAAUUUAAGAUUGCAUUAUCAUACAAUUGGUGCACAGACAUAAAAGCCGAAAAGUAAAGAGAGUCUGAGAUUUUAAGUAUAUUAUCUUAUUAAACCACUAUACUCUUUGAUCCUUGUCAACAGUGAGUUGUAGAAUUCAGUAAGCAAUGUUUGUAUCUGUGUGUUUUGUAAAAUAAAAUAAUCAUACCUCAAA